UAAUUUGAGAGCAUAGGAGGCAAGGCUGACUGAAAAGGAACACUACAGAACACUCUGAGGAGAUCCCCAAAGCCAAGCACCAAGAACUAGUUUGGGUCCUUGGCAGAUGGGCAUCGGUAUUGUUCACUAAGCAGCAGAAUGGAGACCACACCCUUGAAUUCUCAGAAGGUGCUGUCAGCAUGCAAAGAUGGAGAGGACUGUCAGGAAAACAGUAUUCUACAGAAGGGCGUCCCCGCCCCAGGGGACAGGGCAGAAUCUGGCCAAAUGUCCAACGGUUAUUCCGCAGUUCCCAGUACUAGCGCAGGAGACGACACUCAGCACUCUGUGCCAGCUGCCACUACCACCCUGGUGGCGGAGGAUCAUCAAGGAGAACGGGAGACAUGGGGCAAGAAGGUGGACUUCCUCCUCUCGGUCAUUGGCUAUGCCGUGGAUCUGGGCAACAUCUGGCGCUUUCCCUACAUAUGCUACCAGAAUGGAGGAGGGGCUUUCCUCCUCCCCUACACCAUCAUGGCCAUUUUUGGGGGAAUCCCACUUUUUUACAUGGAGCUUGCGCUGGGCCAGUACCACCGAAAUGGAUGCAUUUCCAUAUGGAGGAAAAUCUGCCCAAUUUUCAAAGGGAUUGGCUAUGCCAUCUGCAUCAUUGCCUUUUAUAUCGCCUCCUACUACAACACCAUCAUAGCCUGGGCGCUCUACUACCUCCUCUCCUCCUUCACGGACCAGCUGCCCUGGACCAGCUGCAAGAAUGCUUGGAACACUGGCAAUUGCACCAACUACUUCUCUGAGGACAACAUCACCUGGACACUCCACUCCACGUCUCCUGCGGAGGAAUUUUACAUGCACCAUGUCCUGCAGAUCCACCAGUCUAAGGGACUCCAGGACCUGGGGGGCAUCAACUGGCAGCUUACGCUCUGCAUCAUGCUCAUCUUCUCUGUUAUCUACUUCAGCAUCUGGAAAGGUGUCAAAACAUCUGGCAAGGUGGUGUGGGUGACAGCCACCUUCCCUUACAUCGUCCUUUCCAUCUUGCUGGUGAGGGGGGCCACCCUCCCUGGAGCAUGGAGAGGACUUAUCUUCUACCUGAAACCCAACUGGCAGAAACUCCUGGAGACAGGGGUGUGGGUGGAUGCUGCCGCUCAGAUCUUCUUUUCUCUUGGUCCCGGCUUUGGGGUUCUCCUGGCUUUUGCUAGCUACAACAAGUUCAACAAUAACUGUUACCAAGAUGCCCUGGUGACCAGUACGGUGAACUGCAUGACGAGCUUUGUUUCCGGAUUUGUCAUCUUUACCGUGCUUGGGUACAUGGCUGAGAUGAGGAAUGAAGAUGUGUCUGAAGUGGCCAAAGAUGCAGGCCCCAGCCUCCUCUUCAUCACGUAUGCAGAGGCCAUAGCCAACAUGCCAGGCUCCACGUUCUUUGCCAUCAUCUUCUUCCUCAUGUUAAUCACUCUGGGCUUGGACAGCACGUUUGCAGGCCUGGAGGGAGUGAUCACGGCCAUACUGGAUGAGUGUCCCCAUGUCUGGGCCAAGCGCCGGGAGUGGUUUGUGCUCAUUGUGGUCAUCACUUGCUUCUUUGGAUCUCUGAUCACGCUGACUUUUGGAGGGGCCUACGUGGUGAAGCUGCUGGAGGAGUUCGCCACGGGGCCCGCGGUGCUCACCGUGGCCCUCAUAGAAGCAGUUGCCGUGUCUUGGUUCUACGGCAUCACUCAGUUCUGCAGCGAUGUGAAGGAGAUGCUUGGCUUCAGCCCGGGAUGGUUCUGGAGGGUCUGCUGGGUGGCCAUCAGCCCCCUGUUUCUUCUGUUCAUCAUUUGCAGUUUUUUGAUGAGCCCACCUCAGCUACGACUUUUCCAGUAUAACUACCCCCACUGGAGUAUCAUCCUGGGCUACUGCAUAGGGACGUCAUCAGUUGUCUGCAUCCCCAUAUAUAUAGCUUUCCGGCUGAUCACCACUCCAGGAACACUGAAGGAGCGCAUUAUUAAAAGUAUUACUCCAGAAACACCAACAGAAAUUCCCUGUGGGGACAUCCGCUUGAAUGCUGUGUAACAUCCUCCAAGAAGAGGAAAAGGCUACUAGCUGCCUCCUUCAGCUCCGACAAGUCCCGUCUUGCCUUCGCCCUCUAGGUUGAAUGAGUUCCCAGCCAAGCCUGAUGAUGGAAGACUCUUCCUCAUGGACACUCAGUCCUAAAAGACCAUGGUGCCCAGACUCUUGUGGCCUCCAGCCACCUCUUUCCAUGAAAUCUUCUGGACACAGUACUACAUCAGCUGUAUUGGCCU